UACAUAUAUACAUAUGGUGCUUUACAAAGGUUUGCUGAGUAUUCAAUUCAAGCAUAUGACAAGGCUCACCUCUUGUUGUGUGUAAACCCAACAUAUGUAUAUCAUUGUACGUGUUCGGAAACAGGUAUAUUACAACACAGCAUAGCUAUAGCGAUCGUAUAUGAAUCUAUUUGUACCGAACCAUAGCCAAGUAUCUCACAAACACAACAUACCUGUAAAACCAACGUAUAUCAAGCUGCAUAUACUGAAACGUAGUUGUAUAUCACAUAAAUACGACCAUGCUUCGUUGCAGCUCCAAGAUCAACACGGCCCGGGUAGGUCCUAGACAACUCAAUAUAACAAGCAGUUUAUCAAUGGCUCUCAGAUCGAGUUACAGGAUCAUACACGCACAUCUCUGUACACAAACACAUACGAAUACAUACUAUACAUACUCUAACAAUAAUAGGCAGGAGCCUUCACAUUCAUACAACAGUGCUAUAACGAGUUUGUCGAAGUCACAGAGUUGUCGUGGUGUAUUCAGAUUCAGUCAACGGACACACACAACAGCCUGUACUAACAAUGGCGGUACAACAUCAGACCCACCCCCACCCCUACCGCAUCGUCGCGUGGUGGUGACUGGCCUGGGGUUGAUCACGCCAUUGGCCGUGGGUGUACAGGCCACAUGGGAGCGGUUGUUGGCUGGUCAAUCUGGCGUGCACGUGCUUGAGGACGAUGACAGCAAUACGUUUUCUACGCUUCCCACGAAUAUAGGUGCUAUCGUCCCCCACGGAGAAGAGGCCCACCAAUUCCGCCCCAACGAUCACCUGAAGACCGGGGAGUCGCGUAGGAUACCCCCAUUUGCGGUAUAUGCACUAGCUGCCGCAGACGAAGCCCUAAAGGAUGCCAAGUGGACACCCGAGACAGAGACUGAGCAAGUACGGACGGGCGUGGAUAUAGGCGUGGGCAUAGUGGGCCUGUCUGAAAUAGCCGAAACCACCAACAGCCUGCGCAACGAGGGUUUCAGGCGUGUCAGCCCCUUCUUUGUACCCAGAAUACUGGUCAACAUAGCCGCGGGGCAUGUGUCCAUGCGCUAUGGUCUCAAAGGACCCAACCACGCAGCCUCUACCGCGUGUGCCACGGGGGCGCACAGUAUAGGCGAUGCCUUCUUCCACAUCAAGAACGGAAAUGCAGAUGUGAUGGUUGCAGGAGGUGUGGAGUCGUGUGUAUCAGCCGUGAGUGUUGCAGGUUUCGCACGGAUCAAGGCACUCUCUACGAAGUACAACGACCAACCAGAACAAGCCAGCCGGCCCUUCAGUGCGGGCAGGGAUGGGUUCGUCAUCGGCGAAGGGGCAGGUAUAAUGGUACUCGAAGAGCGAGAACACGCCAUCCAAAGGGGUGCCAAGAUAUACGCAGAGAUGCGAGGGUACGGAUCCAGUGGAGAUGCCCAUCACUUGACAGCACCCUCACCUGAAGCCACCGGUGCGAAGACGUCUAUGGAACUGGCCAUACGCAUGAGUGGGCUAAGGAAGGAUCAGUUUGACUAUAUCAACGCACAUGCGACGUCGACACCUAUGGGUGAUACCCUCGAGGCGAUGGCUAUCAGUUCUGUUUUUGGGGACCAUGCUCCGAACAUAUCUGUAUCGUCCACAAAGGGCGCAACAGGUCAUCUGCUGGGAGCCGCGGGUGCGGUCGAGAGUAUAUUCGCCGUUCUAAGCAUAGAAAAUGGCAAAAUACCCCAAACCCUAAAUCUGGAGACAGUGGACCCCGAGAUUGCCAAGUACAACCUCGACCUGGUUGCAGGUCAGCCGAAAGAGAGAGCAGUGCGUGCCGUACUGUCCAAUUCGUUCGGAUUCGGUGGCACGAAUGCCUCAUUGUGUUUCGCAGAGCACUUGAACGACGCAGCAAGUGACGAGAAAAUAUAGUUAAAAACGGCUAAAACUCAUUGCAUGUAUCGAUUGGUAGCAGGCUUGUUAACACAAACGCAUUCAGCACAAUAAACUUAUCAAGCG